GGGAGGGGAAAAAUGAUCCCAAAAUCCGCGUAUCGGUUCGUGUCGUAAAAAAUGUAGCUCCUCGAUUCGCUUCCAGAUUCGGUCAAUGAAAAGUGGAAAAUCUCACGAAAAUCGCCCGCAAAGUGUCGUCGCGUGCUCGCCAAGUGUUAUUCUGGUGGAAUUCAGCGCCUACCGGUCGGAUUUGUUACGGCUCGGAGAUCAUUUGCUCAAGUGAGGAGGAGGACCUGUUACGUGAGAAAUUUGGACUGGUGCGUCGCGCUAGAAAGCUGCAAACAUGCAGGCGACACACACAUAUUGGACGGUGCUGCGACAACAGCAUCACCAUCAUCAUCCCCAACAUUAGAAGCAGCAGUGCAUAGAAGUGGCCCCCUCUUAAGUGCAUCGUUCCAUACGCAUGAAAACGGAAGGAACCACCUUCAAGAGUGGUGAAGCAAAGCAAAGCAAACAAAAAAAAAGUCCCGUGAUCUGUGCAACUAACGUGAAGAAGCAAGAAAAAAAAAACUGUGUGCGUGUGUUGAGAGACACAGAAGCAAGAGAGAGUGAGGGACUGCCAAUUGUGCGAGAAACGCGACUCGACAUGAAAGAAGGCUGUUUGUUGUGAAGAUGAGUCUGCAAAUAAGACAGCAGCAGCAGCUUGUUGUACUAUCUGACCGUACGCAACAGUGAACUAAAAACCUUCGGGAGUGUGGCGUUGUUUGUCUUUGGAGCCUAAACAAGUCCAUCACAUAAAUUAUCCGUUUUGCUAAUCGGCCAAUCGGGCCUACCCCUCGAAAUCGCCGACCAUGUCGAUCAAGGUGUGCCUCGAGAUCGGGCACGUGGCCGCGCUCAAGGCGCGGGCCACCCCCGAGGGCUACACCCACGACUGGGAGCUGUUUGUGCGCGGCCCGGACGGCACCGACAUCAGCCACUUUGUCGACAAGGUGGUGUUCAACCUGCAUGAUUCCUUUCCGAAGCCGAAGCGGGUGGUGAAGGAGCCGCCGUACGCCGUGAAGGAGGCCGGUUACGCCGGGUUUAUUUUGCCGGUGGAGGUGUACUUUAAAAACAAGGGUGACGAGCCAAAGAAGAGGGCUUUUACGUACGAUUUGGAUCUGCAGGAGCGCAAGGUGCAGCGGGAGGAGCUGGCGUUUCCUAAUCCGUCGGAUGAUUUUAAGCGGAAGCUGUUGAAGGGAGGUGGGACGCUUUCGGGAAGUGGCGGGAUGUCGUCCGACUAUAAGGCGCGUCACAGUAGUGGUGGUGGAGGCGGAGUGAGUGGUGACAAGUCGCAAGAUAAAAAGUAUAAGAAGAGUUCGGGGGAAAGUGACUCGAAGGUGCAGAACACGUUUGCGAAUUUGUUUGGGACGCCAAUAACCAAAGGAGCUAGCAAGGUAUCUCCGGAUCCGAAGCAGAGCUCGUCGGGGUCCUCGAGUAAGACGUCGCCGAAUACCGGAGCUGGGGUUGGUAUUGGUGGGGGUAGUGUUGGUAGCAAGAGUCAACAAAUGAACCCGAAAAGCGAUCGCUCUAGCUCGAGUACAUCCUCCAAGGAUAAGAGCGAGAAGGAGAAAUCUUCCAAGCAUAAGCACUCGAGCCCAAAUAAGGAAAAAGAAUCUAAAAAGUCAUCAACCGGUGAAGAGAAGCACAGUAAGGAGCGAAAGGACAAAACUCAUUCUAAAGAGCGUGAUAAAACUAAGGAAAAGAGUUCAAGCUCGUCAUCUGCGUCUUUCUCGAAACGACCUGCUAGUCCAAAGCGAAACAGCACCACUAUCCAGCCCCCUUCAGCAAUGACCAACAGUCCGUCGACGAAACGUAAUCCAUCGCCGAUGGCACCGGUAGCGGUUCCAGCUCCUCCUCCUGCCGCGAGUAGCAGCGUUUCCAAACCGGAAGAAGCCAAGUCUUCCACCAAACACGGUGGAGAAAAGGAAAAGAAGAAGGAUAAAAAAGAUAAGAAAAGCUACGACAAGGAUCGUAGCGAAAAGAAGGACCGCGAGCUAAAAAAGGACAAGGAAUCCCAUGACAACAAGCCGGACCUGACUCCGGGCGACAAACCCAAAUCGGAUCUGAUCAAACCGAGCCGGCUGGACGGGGUGAAGCUGGAUUCGAAGCUGUACUCGAAGGAGAAGAAAAUCUCGGACGAAUCGAGCAAGGUUGAAGCGCCGGUGGUGCAGCCGUCGCCACCGGUGUCGGGGUCGGUGGAACCACCCAAGCGGAUUGACAAACCGGACUCGAAGGAAAAAGAUAAAGAAGAGCGCAAGCACAAGCACAAGAAAAAGGAUAAAUCCAAAGACAAGGAAAAGGACCGGUCUUCUGGUAGCAAAGAUAAGAAAGAGAAAAAAGAAAAAGACAAAUCUUCCAGUAGUAAGGCGAACUUUGCGCCUCCACCGGUUCGAGAACCGGAGGUCGUUUCGCCCGUCAAACCAGCCAAGUUGCCAGACCCGGUCAAGGUCCAUCCUCCGGUGGAAGCGCUACCCGCAACGACGGCGCCACCUUUGCAAACCAUGAUCAAGCAGCUGAACGAAAACAACAGCAGUGACUCCGAAGCGGACAGUCCACCGUCGUUGAUCAACGACAAGGACUCGGAAAAUUCCAACAGCAGCAUAUCGGAUCUGCUGUCGGGCAGGCCUCCCUCAGCCGCAAGGCAACCGGAGCGGCAAGCCGUCCCCACUCCUCCAACGGUGGUGGUCGAAUCGCCCAAGCCGGAAAAAAGUCACCACAAGAGCAAGAAGGACAAGGUGAAAAGCAAUUCCUCCGACAGCACCAAGGACGAAACCAAAAAGCGAAAGCGAAAGAACAAGGAAGCCGCCGACGCGGACAAGGAAAAGGACAAGAAAGCAGCCCCACCGGUGGUGAACCCGGCGACAGCCGAUCGAAGUCCUUCCCCGCCGACGCCGCCUCCCCCCACGCUCAUGGAACCACCCACCAAGAUUCCCAAGCGUGAAGAUCCGUUCACCAAACGCGAAGAGUCGCCCGCGCCACCCAACAACAACAACAACACCAGCACCACCACUUCCAAGCUGCUCUCGCCGGAAGACUCCGGUUCCUCGUCGGCGUACUACAACAACAACAACACCGCGUCCUCGAUGGCCUCCCCCGCCCUUCCCCCACCACCGGCGCCAACGUCCGCGGUGCCCGGUUCGGCGGCCGCCACCAUGACGAACCUGUCCGGUGAUUACAUGUCCGAGCUGAAGGACCUGCAGCACAAGAUCAUGACCCUGCAGGACAACAACGAGCUGCAGCGGGUGGUGGAGAUGAUCGCGGCGACCGGCUGUUACGAGAUUACGAGCGCCACGUUCGACUUUGACCUGUGCGCCCUGGACCGACACACGGUCCAGCGGCUACAGGAGUUCUUCGCCACGUCCUGCUCGUCCUGACAGUAAGGCACGGGGGCGUCGCCGUCGUGGUCGCCGCACACAGCAACUCAUCACGCCUAAGCGAACUGAUUUGUAAAUAGCACAAAAAAAAAAAAAAAAACAAAAAUAAUGAGGUCGCAACUAAAUUGAAACUCGCACGGAGCAAAACUGUAAACCGUACCCAACCCAAUCAUCAUCCCAAACCAGCAACUCUGUUUCUUUAGUCAGCCUUCGUUUGGCCCUUCCUCACAGAUUGUAAACCAAUCCAGUCGUCGUUAUAUUUCUAAGAUUGUGCAAAACAAAAAAAAAAACAACAGAAACAUUAAUCAGCGCCACGCAAUAUUUGUAUAUUUGUUGGUUACUAUAUUAUAUAUGGUAUAAAUAUAUAUUUAAUUUAACAGAUAAAAAAAACACAUACAUAACAAACGACAUUGUUAUUUAUAGAAGAAAAAAUACACAUACACAUGCAUACCUAUCGCAACAACAAAAACCAAUACAGAAAAAAACAGUUUAAUCUUAUUUCUUGCGUAAAAAAAAUCAUGAACCUCAAAAAUCCGACAAAAAUUUCCCCAAAAUUCAAAAUUUCACAAAUUUUUCAUUGGUUUCCCCCCCUCAAACUUUGAGAGAAAGCGAAAAAAAGCAAGCAAGAUACCAACCUGUUGUGUGUGUGUAUGUACCUUAAAUUAGUGCGUGUGCGUGAUGUGUAUGUGUACCACAGCAACAGCAGCAAAACAUUAAAAAAAAGUCAUAUUAAUCAGGAUAAACGGAGCGCAAACCCCAGUAACCGCGCAGUCACAGAAUGGCCAAGUAUUUACAGGACGCAUCCGUCGCGUGUGGAAAAUCGAAUGAGCGAGAUUUUUUAUUGUUUGUUUAAAUUUCAUUUGAUUUCGCCACUGUUCAGAAAAGAUAUUUCCUGUCGCUCCGAGAGAAUUAAAGGAAAACAAACGCCGCGCAAAUACUGAAAUUAUGGAAAUGGAAAUUGUACAUUUUAAACUCCCCUUUUGUGGAUUUAUAUAAAUACUUGAGUUUUUGUCAGGAAUUCGUUUAGGCAUUUAGGCGAGUAAUUCUUCGUUGUGAAGAUCAAAACGUGCAGAGCUAAUAAAAUUCAGAAAAUAAUCACCUUAAUUGAAA